GAGCCUAACCAUUGCCAGGGAAACCUGCGCUGGGCUCUCCCUUCAUUACCAGUAUUUUUUUUUAUUAAUCUGAUUAAUAAUUAUUUUAUCCCCCCAUUUAAUUUUUUCCUCCAAGGUGGAGUUGCCUGAAGCUGGGAGCACCUAGGGAAGGGGAGGGGGAAGAGGCAGGAGUUGAGGGCACCUCUCUCUCCUUCCCAACCCUCUAGCCCCCCAAGGGGCAGGAGGAAUACGGGAGCGGGAGUGGAGAUACGGAGCUGCAUAUGCCUCCGCCCCUCCCCUCUCCCAGGCUCUCCCUCUGCCUCUUUCUUGCAACUCUCCUUAAUUUUAUUUGGCUUUUUGAUCAUUGCGACUAUUCUUUUUUAUUUUUGAAUUUAUAUAAAGUAUAUAUGUGUCUGUGGAGCUGAGACAGGCUCGGCAGCGGCACAGAAUGAGGGAAGACGAGAAAGAGAGAGUGGGAGAGAGAGAGAGAGAGAGGCAGAGAGAGAGGGAGAGGGAGAGUGACAGCAGCGCCCGGACGUCCUCCCCAACGUCGCCCUCAAUUCCACCGCCUAUGAUCCAGUGAGGCAUUUCUCGACCUAUGGAGCGGCCGUUGCCCAGAACCGGAUCUACUCGACUCCCUUUUAUUCGCCACAGGAGAAUGUCGUGUUCAGUUCCAGCCGGGGGCCGUAUGACUAUGGAUCUAAUUCCUUUUACCAGGAGAAAGACAUGCUCUCAAACUGCAGACAAAACACCUUAGGACAUAACACACAGACCUCAAUCGCUCAGGAUUUUAGUUCUGAGCAGGGCAGGACUGCGCCCCAGGACCAGAAAGCCAGUAUCCAGAUUUACCCCUGGAUGCAGCGAAUGAAUUCGCACAGUGGGGUCGGCUAUGGAGCGGACCGGAGGCGCGGUCGCCAGAUCUACUCGCGGUACCAGACCCUGGAACUGGAGAAGGAAUUUCACUUCAAUCGCUACCUAACACGGCGCCGGCGCAUCGAGAUCGCCAACGCGCUCUGCCUGACGGAGCGACAGAUCAAAAUCUGGUUCCAAAACCGCAGGAUGAAGUGGAAAAAAGAAUCUAAUCUCACGUCCACGCUCUCAGGGGGCGGCGGAGGGGCCGCGGCCGACAGCCUGGGCGGAAAAGAGGAAAAGCGGGAAGAGACAGAAGAGGAGAAACAGAAAGAGUGACCAGGACUGUCCCUGCCACCCUUCUGUCUCCUUCGCCCUUGCUCCCCCAACUCCCUCCUAAUUACACACUCUGUAUUUAUCACUGGCACAAUUGAUGUGUUUUGACUCCUUAAAACAAAAUUAGGGAGUCAAAUAUGGACCUGAAAGUCAACUAUGGACCCCCUCCCCACCGCACAAACUCUUUCACCACGCGCCUCCUCUUCCUUGCUCCCUCGCUAGCUCGUUCUCGGCUUGUCUGCAGGCUCCUUCCCCCGCCUAGGCCUUGGGGGCUCGGCCCCUGAACCUCUCUUCAGACUUCACAGAUCUCCCUCCAAAUGAGGACUUGGCCACCUACCUUCUUGGCGCCCCCCACCCCGCCCUCGCGCAGAGGGCCGGCUCCCGGGCCAGGGCCUCGGCUCAGGGCCUCAGGACCGGCCUGGCAGCCGGGGCGGGCGGGAGGCCGAUGGAGGGCGCGUGGUGGCCCCACAGCAACCCCCAGGGCUUCCCCGCAGCCCCUGCCCGGCCCCUCUGCCCCAGCAAAUGCCCAGCCCAGAAGAGUUGUAUUUAAAGAAUCCUGGGGGUCAUUAUGGCAUAUUACAAACUGUGACCGUUUCUGUGUGAAUAUUUUUAGCUGUAUUUGUGGUCUCUGUAUUUAUAUUUAUGUUUAGCACCGUCCGUGUUCCAGUGCCAUCUUAAAAAAAAAAGAGGGAAAAUGACAAAAAGAGAAAAAAAGUGAAUGACGUUUGUUUAGACAGUAGGAGAAAACAUUUAAAAAAUCCCCUCGUGUUACCCUUCUGUAUAAAUCCAACCUCUGGAUCCGUUCUCGAAUAUUUAAUAAAACUGAUAUUAUUUUUAAAGUUUAUA